AUGUUGCCUUCUCUUCUCAUCAUUGCCUUUUUCCUCCCCUGCUGUUUGUCUGUUCCAGUUAUUCCCAAAAAUGUUGUUGAUGAUGUGAACUUCUUUAAGAAUUACUUCCAUCAAUUCUUCUUGACCAAAGAAAAAUCCCAGAAUUAUUCUCUGGAGUCUCAAUUGCGCUUCUUGCAGAAUUUCUUCAAAUUAGAAGAAACUGGCUGGUUAGAUGAGCCCACAAGGGCCUUGAUCCAGGGGCCUCGAUGUGGGGUUCGAGAUAUUGCUGAUUACUCCUUUUUUCCUGGGAUGCCCAGAAUUGAAAAUAACCCUGUAACAUACAGAAUUGUUAACUAUCCAACAAGCAUCAAGCCUAGGAGAGUUGAAAUAAUCAUGGAGAAGGCAAUGCAAGUCUGGAGCAAUGUGACCUCCUUAAAAUUCCAAAGAGUAUAUAAAGGACAUGCUGACAUUGAGAUUUUUUUCUUCUCUAGAGAUCAUGGUGACUUCUACCCCUUUGAUGGAAAAGGAAAGGUUUUGGCUCAUGCUUUUCCUCCACAUCCUUACUACCCAGGAGCUAUCCACUUUGACAAUGAUGAAGAAUGGUCAUAUUCUGAGAACGGGACCAACCUCUUCCUGGUAGCUGUUCAUGAGAUAGGCCAUGCUCUGGGUCUAAACCACUCUCAGGAUCCAAACGCCAUCAUGUUCCCCCCCUAUAAAUACCGGGACACAGAACAUUUCACACUUGGUGAUGAUGAUAUAAAAGGGAUCCAGACCCUUUAUUCAAGUGAAUACAUAACUCAAAUGAAAAGAUUUGAGAAAAUAGUUCCAACUUCCCAAUCCCCUUCUUCCCUCAAUUCCCUUGGAGGUGUGAGAUCCACAGGUGUAAUGCAUCACCUCUAUUUUUAG